GGGGUAUAUUACUCAUUGUGGAUUAUCUAUUCUGCAAAAUUAAAUAGUGAUUCUUCCCCAGGGCUUACCGCCUCUGGGGUUCGAUUUCCGUUUUCGUUCAUUAACGAAGAACGGUGUUUGGAAGUCCUAGCGUAUUGUCUAGGGUUAGUUUUGGCUGAAUGGCGUCGUCGGGUUCCGGUGGCGUUUGAUUUCAGAUUGGGUUUAGUAAGCGUGGAUAGAGCGGAGGAGACAUGACAGUGGUUAGCUGGAAUUGCCGCGGCUUAGGUAACCUGGCUACUGUGCAAGUGCUAAUUGAUCUGAUUUGCAGUUGACAGUAUUGGGCAGAGCGGGGGGGCUUUGUAUUAUGUGGCGUGAAAACAUCGCGAUCGAAAUUCUGGGAUUUGAGAGCAACUUCAUUGAUUGCUUAGUUAAACUUGAACAGGACGAACCUCAAUGGAGGUUCACCGGAUACUACGGAUAUCCUGAACGCAGCAGGAGGCGUGAGUCUUGGGAGCUAAUUAAACGUCUGUCUCAGAGUUCAGGGAAACCUUGGCUUCUUAUGGGAGAUUUCAACGAUAUCUUGUUCGAGAGUGAGAGGAGAAGUAGAACUCCUCAACCUCAAUGGUUAAUCAGGGGCUUUAGGGAAGCACUCUGGAGCAGUGGACUUACUAAUGUUGACUUCGAGGGUUACCCAUGGACCUGGGAAAGAGGUAGAGGGACACCACGAUGGAUUGAGGAAAAGCUUGACCGAGUGUUGGCAAAUGAAGAAUGGCUAUCGCUGUUCUCUGGCUAUCAAGCUAGUUCGCUAGAGGGUCCAUCCAGCGAUCAUCUCAUGUUGUAUUUAAGAAUUGCUAGGGAGGGCAGGAGUCGGAGAAGACGCUCUUUCAAGUUUGAAAAUAUGUGGUUCCAAGAUGACCAAUGCAGGGAGAUUAUACAACGAACUUGGCUGAAUUCCCAAAGCUUGUAUAUUUGGCAAAGGUUAAAAGGGUGCGGUAUUGAGCUUGAUUGUUGGAGCAGGUCUCGGCGUGUUGGAUUCCAGACUCGCAUUGAAGUCUGCAAAAACAGGCUGGCGGCUUUGCGGGCAGAGAGGGGUAGUGGAAUGGUUCUGAAUUCCAGAGGGUGAAAGAUGUGUUAUUAGAUCUACUUCAGAAGCAAAACACAUUUUGGAGACAACGGGCAAAGGAGUUUUGGCUUAAGGAGGGUGAUAAAAAUACAAAUUUUUUUCAUAAUGCGGUAAAGCAAAGAAGAAGGCGGAAUCAGUUGAAAGGGAUCUGACUUCCGAGUGGCGAAUGGGAAAGGAAUAGAGAUAGAUUAGGCGUAAUGGUUCAUGAUUAUUUCGUUGAGAUAUUUGGUUCCAGUAAUACCAACAUGGAAGUUGGGUACCUGGAAGGCAUAACACGAGUCUCUGCAAUUCAGAACCAAAAUUUAUUAAGGCCGGUUACUGCUCUUGAAGUGAAGAAGGCAGUUUUCUCUAUGCAUCCCGAGAAAGCUCUAGGGCCGGAUGGCUUUAAUCCGGGUUUUUACCAGCAUUAUUGGGACAUUCUGGGGGAGGACAUUGUGAAAUUUUGUCAGCACCUUUUCACGGAAGGGAGGAUACAAACGGAUGUGAACCAAACAAAUAUAGUCCUGAUCCCAAAGAAAGGUAAGCCAGAGUCUUUAAGCGAUUGGCGGCCUAUAGCGCUUUGCAAUGUUUUAUAUAAAAUUUUUGCCAAAGUACUUGCCAAUAGACUAAAAGGUACCCUGGAAAAGUUGGUCUCUACAAAUCAGAGUGCAUUUGUACCUGGCAGAUCAAUAAUAGAUAAUGUUAUGGUGGCUUUUGAAUCUAUCCAUUAUCUAAAACAAAAGAGGCAGGGGAAAGAUGAUUUCGUUGCUCUUAAAUUAGACAUGAGCAAAGCUUACGACAGGGUUGAGUGGGGAUAUCUUGAAGCUGUAAUGAAAAUUAUGGCUUUUGACCAGAAGUGGAUAAAUUUAAUAAUGGAGUGCAUUGGUUCAGUGGAGUACUAUAUUCCGUUCGAUGGUAAUAUGGUGGGUCCUAUUAAGCCUAAAAGAGGUUUGCGGCAGGGAGACCCACUGUCUCCUUAUCUAUUUAUCCUCGUCGCGGAGGGGCUGAGUGCCAUGAUUCGCAAACAGGAGGGUUUGGGAAAUAUUGUGGGUAUAUCAGUUGCGAGAGGGGCGCCUCGAGUGUCACAUUUGUUUUUUGCUGACGAUAGUUACCUCUUUUUCAGAGCUCGAGAUGAGGAAUGCCAAACGGUUAAAAAUCUUUUGCAAUCUUAUGAGGAAGUCUCGGGUCAAAAAGUCAAUUACCAAAAGUCUUCGGUUCUGUUUAGUCCGAAUUUGGGUGGAGAUUCUAGAACUCGUGUGAGCAGUUUUUUGGGGGUUAGCAGCGAGGAAACUAAUCCGAGAUAUUUAGGCCUCCAGGCAUUGGUAGGUAGAAAGAAGAUGGAUAUUUUGGGCUAUUUACGAGAGCGGAUUCUGAAGAGAAUUCAAAGCUGGAAUAACAAGUUCCUUUCAAAGGCGGGUCGUGAAAUCAUGCUAAAAACAAUUAUUCAGGCUAUGCCAACAUACGCGAUGAAUGUGUUCCUGCUCCCAAAAGAGUUGUGUUCGGAGAUAGAGGGCAUCAUGAAUGGCUAUUGGUGGCGGGGCUCAGAUCUUUCUCGACAGGGUCUACGAUGGAAGAGCUGGCAAUCCCUUUGUUACCCAAAACAGAAGGGAGGAUUGGGAUUCUAGUCAUUGCGUGAAUUUAAUAUAGCGAUGCUUGGGAAACAAGCUUGGAGGAUUAUUAAAAGCCCUGACUCGUUAGUGAGCAGAAUUUUCAAAGCAAAAUAUUUUCCUAACUCUACAUUUUUGCAGGCUAAAUUGGGAUGUAAUCCCUCAUUUGUGUGGAGUAGUUUGAUUCAAACUCAGGAGUUAAUUGAACGAGGCCUACGUAAGAAAAUAGGGAAUGGACAGACGACGUCCGUGUGGAGGGAACGGUGGCUGCCGGGGGUGGGAGAUGGCAGGAUUCACACACCUCCUCCGGCCGGAAUUGCCGACAUGAAUGUGGCAGCACUUUUAUCUGAGAAUGGGGAGUGUUGGAAUAUCCAAAAGAUUGAAGCUUUAUUCUCGGUGGAAGAGAGGAAGGCCAUACUUUCUAUUCCGUUAAGUAGAAGGAAGGUUAACGAUGGUGUGUGACGUGCACUUGUCGUGUGUGCACUCAAAAUAAAUUUCAAUACUAUGCACUAAUACGUAGUAUAGCGUAGUAGAGUUCGUAUCC